CCCUAAACACUCAGAGUGGCCAGAGAAGCGAAAGAAGUGAAGCAAGAGGAUCAACAGGCAGCCUGGCAAGUUGUAGCUCUCUGUGCUACAAACUCAAGACUUGUGAAAAGUGUACAAAGAAUGGGAAUAACUUUGGUUACUUUUCGAUCAAGACAACUCACUGUCAUGUGGAUAUACUUCAGCAGACUUCUGUUGUUGAUGCUCUAAACAUGGCAAGUCUCUCAGCACGGAGCCAAGGGAGACUCUCUGGAGAGGAUUAUCAGGAACAAGAACUAAAUAGACUUUCUGCCUUAUAGAGAAGAAAUCACCUGCAAAGAUGAACCCUGAAUCUCUGGACUCGUCCAUCCAGAGCGCCCUCUCGGCCCUCUUCCCUCCUUUCGAGGCCACAGCUCCCAUCGUCCUCUGCCAGCUGUUUCGCACCAUAGAGGAACGUUACUACGGUGAUGCUUUACAGUGUCUGCUGGACUUCCUCAUUCCCUCCAAACACCUGCUGGAGAGUGUUCAACAGGCAGCAUGUGCUGGAUACUCUGAUGUGGUUUUUCGCUGUGAGGGCUGGCCUCUGUGUCUCCAUGACAAAACCGUCAUCCAGUUAGCACCUGUGAACCCUCUGCUGCUGCGUCCUGGAGACUUCUAUCUGCAGGUGGAGCCUUUCGGGGAACAAGCUGCUCGCGUUGUCCUCAAAAGUCUUCUGGAGGAGGGCUGUCGAGAAGUGGAGGAGACCCCCGUUCCUGAGACUUCCUACCCCUGCAUCUUCACUGAGGAAUGGCUGCAGGAAAUCAAUGAAGGACGCCAAGGAACUCCUCUUUCCCGUUGCUUACUUUGCACGGAUCAAGGAGUGAUCAAGUUGCCCUGGGCUGAAAUCGCCAACCCAGAGUUUUUAGACAAGCCUAAGAUCUUGCCCACGUAUCGAGAAACUCCUCCUGAGCCAAAACAGAUCUCUGUUCCUUCCCAUUUCAACUCCUCCACCCUCCCGAUGGAAGCCAUGUUUUGUCCUGCCAAAGACAGGGUGACAGCUUCUUUCAAAACGGUGGACAGCUCUUCCAAACUCGUCAAAAUGGAUCAUGAAAGACGAACCCCAAAAUCAUGCUCCAGACCUUUAAUCAAACCUGUGGGUUGGGUUUCUCCUAAUACUUGGGACAGUCAUAAUUAUCGAGAGAUUGAAGGUGAUUAUGUGGAUCUGGUGGAUAUUGCCAAAGGGAAGAGGUUUGUGGAUAAACAGAGCCAUCCACAUCCACCCAAUUCAGUAUUGUUUAAACCUGUCAGACCACCACCACCUGUACCACUUAGGAAUAAUGUUCCCUGUGAAGGCACCCUUCAGUAUGCAGAGGAGCCUUGUACACCGUGCAGCCAGGGAAGGCUUGAGCCUGAGUCAGCUGACCAAGACUUGAAGUGUAGGUACAGAGAAUCUUACGUGGCAGCACUGAGAAACCCAGUCGCUUUUGAGAGAGGGAGUGUGGAGCUCCUGGCUGCCGUGGAGGAGGUCAGCCUUUGUGAAGAGACAGAGUUAGGAUCCAAAGGAGCAUUUGAAGCUCAAAGAGACAAACUUGGAAACUUUUGUAACCACUGUAAUAAACCUGUGAUGAGUAACAAGCGCUGCCAAUACAGACACUGCUGUCCUGAACCAACACCAGAGACCUUUGCAUCUCAACUCAAAGAUCUUCCUACCAGUUCUGAAUCGGAAGACCUCAUGAAGGAAUCCCCCAAGAUCUUGAAAUCAACACCUGGUUUGAGCCAUAGUCACAAAAUUCAGAUGAAACUUAUUUCCCAACAGACAGCACAUAAUGCUAGUGCGCACCCUGGGUCAGGCGGUGAUGAUAAAGCUCUUCAGAAAGUGGAGGUUGUGACACCAUCAGGAAAACAAAAAGUUAAGGUUAGGUCUCUGUCCACGGUGUCAGAGACUUCCAAAGGGAGUCCACUUCUCUAUAAAGUCAACAACAGGAGCCACAGUGAUAUCUGCCCUGACACAAUCACAAGCAUCAUGCAGUGUAAGAAAGGUGAACUGUUGGAUCAAGUGACUUUGAAGCUGGAAAGACUGAAGUCCUCUAAAAAAGACUGCCAAUCAAGUAAGAGUGGAACUCCCUUCACUGCAGAUGGACCAGACUCAAAACUCAAUUUCUCAAAGAUAGAAAGGCCAUCUCCUCAACAAGUUCAACUUCCGUCUGCAAGUUCUGACGCUCCUCAGCCUCCAAAGACUGAGGACUCGUGUUUCAGACGCAUCGGUGGUCUGCUUGGACUCGGCCUUAUUUGUUUGCCAGGCAGUAGGGACCGAACAGGAAGAGCAGUGUUGGAGGUCCAUGUUGGCAACGUGGAGUGGACAUCCCCUCUUUCAACAGCCCAGAAUGUCUGUGAAUUACUGCUCUACUUACACGCCAUACCAAGGAAAGAAGUUCGAGAGCUAGGAAUGACUUUGGUCAUCAAUGCCAGGAAGAAACCUCCUUCUCUUCAUUUUUACAAAGCUCUGUUGAUGGCCCAGGAGCAAGCUCUCCAUGCUGUCCACAGUAUCGUGAUACUGGUGGAUAAGGACACUUGUCCGCGACCUGAAAAACAGCCAGGGUUACAGAUGGAAAUUGUGACUUCAAUGAAAGCCCUCAAUAAGACAAUUGAAGCUUCCCAGCUGACCUCUGACCUUGGAGGGACCUUUACGUACAGUCACACCGACUGGCUGCAGUUUCAUCAGAGACUGGUUUCUUUCAUGACUGACCUGCGAGGAGCCGACAGCUUGUUGCAGAAGGCCAUAAAGAAAGUGGAUGGCAGUAAGAACUUAGACACAGCGCAGGAAGUGCAACAAUGCAUUCAGGAACAGAGGGCCUCAAUGAAAGAGGUGCUGGAAGACACUCGAAUGUUGACCCUGCAAAGAGAAGGGGGGGCCGUUCUAGCCAGAAUGAGGAGGGAGGAGUUCAGGUUUCCCCAGUCUGAGGACUACAGAGAUGCUCUGGAGUCUGUGACUAGUCUGUAUAACCAGGUGGAGGAGAAGCUCCACACCCUGGUGAUGAGAUCGAAUGAGUCACUGCAGCAGCUGGAGCUCCUCUUCAGGCUCAGAGAGACGGAGGCCAACAUUAGCACGGCUGGGAUAUGGUUCAAUGCAGAAGGCGAGCAGAGGCUGAAGAACUCUUACACAACAAAUGAGUCCCUGAUGUGCACUGAAGAGGCCUUGCAGCACUUUGAUGUGUUUCACGCGGAGUCUAAGGAAAAACAACAGUACGCCUUGACCCUGGUGACGGAGGCAGAGGGACUAGUUGGGGCCAGUGAGUCCAGUCCUGCAUCAGAUGUUUUUCGGACUUUGCUCAGCACUUUCAAAUCCAAUGUGGAUGAUUUUAUGGUGCGGGCAGAACAGAGGCACAAAGAACUGAACACACUGGUGCAUGUGCACCGCUUCUGUGACCAGGCGUCUGCUUUGGCCAAGGAAUGUAGUCAUUUUCUGGAGCAGGUAGAGCCAGGGUGUUACUCAGCGCAGACCCUGAGAACACUCCAAAUGUAUGUAGAGAGAUUAGGUGGUGAAUUCUCCACCCUGCAUUUCCAGGCUGUGAAAGCUAAGGCCUGUGCUGUGGGAUCAGGGCCCUCGGGGCUCAUGAAAGUGUGGAAUGCAUCCUUGGUAGAGUGCCAAGAAGUUAGGCAGCGUCUUGAGGAGAGGCAAAAGAAGGAGAAUGGCGUAGAUAAGAACCAGAUCCAGCAGACCACAGCUGCAAACCCUCAAGAGGUAUAUGGAGGAGUAGAGAAGGAGGAGAAAGGGAGUGAGUUGGGGGACGAAUGCUCCCUGAGACAGCAGCCAACCUCUCAGAAAGAGGUCGUCAAUAUCUCAAAAAGUGAAGGAGAUAGCACCACUGCUGCAUGCCUCAACCACGAUUCAAAACAGGACUUGAAAGAUGAUGAGGGAGGAGAAUCCCAAGCACAUAAAUUACACGGAGAAGAAGUUAAAAUCAAAAACAAUUCUCCAGUUUUUCCACAAAACGGCCAAUGUCCUCAAGAAACCAAACAAAUGUUGAGAGCACAUCACAGUGAGGAAGAUCUGAGGAGAACAGACUCAAUUAAUGAGGGCGAUGAUCUCCCAUUGCACCAACCUUUGGGUCGGUCCCUGAGCGAGGGCUCAUGUGCGAGCUCUCAUUUGACAAGCGUCUUUGGCCUUUCACCUUUAAAUGUGAGACACAAACACUGUCAGCCACUGGAACCAAAUCUGCAGACCGUCCAAAAUCUGCCCAUUUCCCAUAACGAGAGUUUGCGGUCAGGAAACCUGAGCUGCGAGUCAAAAACAGACAGUAAUGAAGAGGAGGGUGGAGGAUGCUCGGCUUCUACACAGAGCCCUAAGGAUUUAAAGACCCCAGAGACAUUACUCACACCAACAGAAAACAAUGGCAGCAAUGUUUUGAAACUGCGGAGGAUCAUGGAGGAGCUGCUGUCCACAGAGAGGGAGUACGUCAAGGCCCUGGGUUAUGUUCGAGAUCACUACUUCCCCGAGCUGGAGAGGCCCGACGUCCCUCAGGACCUCCGAGGCCAGAGGGGGAGCAUCUUCGGCAACUUAGAAAAACUCCACGACUUCCACCGGCAUCACUUCCUGAAAGAGUUGGAGAGCUGCGUGGAUGAGCCAUUCAGAGUGGGACGCUGCUUCUUACGACAUAGAGACAGCUUUGCUUUGUAUGCACUUUACAGCAAGAACAAACCACAGUCGGAUUGUCUUCUCAUUAAUCAUGGACAGGGUUUCUUCAAGCAGAAGCAGCUGAAGCUGGGGGAUAAGAUGGACCUGUGGUCGUACCUGCUGAAGCCCGUGCAGCGGAUCAGUAAGUACAGCCUGUUGCUGCAGGACAUGAUGAGGGAGUGCGGUCCGGGACAAACCAGAGAGAUGGCUGAGGUCAAGGCCGCCCUGGAGGUCGUCCACUUCCAACUUCGCCAUGGCAACAACCUGCUGGCAAUGGACGCCAUCCACCACUGCGACGUCAAUCUGAAGGAGCAGGGGCAGCUGAUACGGCAGGAUGAGUUCUUGGUCACAUUCAGGAAGAAAAAAUGUUUACGCCACAUUUUUCUCUUUCAAGAACUCAUUCUUUUUAGCAAAACCAGGAAGACGGAUGUAGGAAAUGAAACAUAUAUCUACAAACAGUCAUUCAAGACGUCAGAUGUAGGCAUGACCCAAAACAGUGGUGACAGCGGCCUGUGCUUUGAGAUCUGGUUCAGGAAGAGGAAAACCCAGGACACAUACACACUUCAAUCAGCCAGUCGGGAGGCGAAGGACGCCUGGACCAAGGACCUGGAGCGUAUCCUGUGGGAGCAGGCAGUACACAACAGAGAGGUCCGUAUGCAGGAGAGAGUGUUCAUGGGUAUUGGAAACAAGCCGUUCAUGGACAUCCAGCCCAGUGAUGCAGCAAUCAAUGACAGAGCUGUCAACUAUGUACAGAUGGGAAGAGGAAACAGAGUGCUGUCCUCACAUGGGCCAUUGGAUGGGUUUCUUGGGGUUCGACCCAAAUCUGGUGGUUCAGGAAGCAGCUCGUCCUCUUCCUCUUCAUCUGGAAGAGGUUCCCUGUCUCCCGGGGGAUACCUGUGUGGGCCAGAGAGGAGGGGGGUUACGGGGGGCCUUGGAGGAUACGCAUUGCCUUCUGGAGUUAUAGAGGAGGACGACCUGGACCAUGAGAGUGGGAGUCACAGCUUAUUGCUGGACAGCUCCGAGUCGUCUGGAGAGAGUGUGAGUGGCUUCAGCUGCUCCGGUCACAGCUACCAAUCGGCCGUUGGAGGAGAGGUGGAGGAAUCCUCUUCCCUUUGUCCCUCCAUGAACACUGUUAAAGAGGCAUUGGUUGCUCAUAGGACUGAAGCCUCUGCAGUCUUCCAAAAAACAAAUGCUCUGGCAGGAUCCCCAGUAAAAACCCAACCACCAGUUGCACCAAAGCCCAAGAUUAAACAACAAAACCAGACCAAGGACCUGCCCUGCGGCAAGGUUCAGAACACCAGUGUUGGAAAAUCCACUGAAGUUUGACCUGUGAUGCAGUACAAGAUUUGGAUUUCAUCCAAUAAAUGCCAUCUGUUGACGACAGCGUUGAAGAUGAAACCAUUCAAACAGACAUCCUUUUAUACACCAACUGUAAUCCAUAACCACUCUGUAAAUAGUUGUCAUAAUAGUUGUUUUAAAAAAAGUCUGUAAAUGUACUGUACUCAAACAUUUCAAAAUGCUUAACUGACAUGGCUGUCCCUGUAAACCAGUCUCAUAUCUCUUGCAAAGGAUCAUAGAGUUUCUGCAGUCUUUCAGUGCUUACCUGCUACAUGUAUUUGUAACACAAUGCUAAUAAUCGUGGUGAAAUUAAAUGAGCAGAAUGUUAUUAACAAGCAACUUACGGAUUCUAGAGGAGUUUUGUAAAAUGUCGAGGUCCGUGAAGAAUUGUAUCACAAAGGCAGCAAACACCAUUAUGCCUUUUUGUCCUAUGUAUUUCCUUUUGUACAGAUUUAUCAAACUUGUUAAAACAUGUGUCCUUUUUUCCUCAAAAAUAAAACACAUUCACUCUUU